AUGAAGAUCUUAGCUUUCUUCAUUUUCGUGUUGCUAAUUUUUUCAUGUUCAUCAUCAAUGAUAAUGGGAGUUCACUAUCAUGAGUACCGUUGCCAUGACUGGGUAGAUUGUGCUAUAUGGUGCAAACAAUGGGUUCCUCAACCAAAAUGUAUUAACCGUGUUUGCGAUUGUAAGCCAAAAUCUCUUCCGACCAACGAGGAGGUUCCUCAAUCAGCUUAUUCUUCCAAUUCGAAUUACUAA